GGGCAUGACGGGCCACUGUGACUACAGCAGCAGAGGGAUGGGAGGCAGCCCGUCAGUGUGAGGGAGGCUCUCCGGCGCACAGCUCCUCACCGCACACUCUUCUCCCGGGACCUGAGGAUGGCGGAGGCAGAGCUGCACAGGGAGCGCCUGCAAGCCAUAGCGGAAAAAAGAAAACGCCAGGCUGCAAUUGAGGACAAAAGACAACAGCUUGAAGACCAAAUUCUCCAACUGCAGCACCUAAAGUCCAAAUCACUCAGAGAGAAAUGGCUUAUGCAAGGAGCACCGGCUGGCUCAGUGGAAGAGGAAGAGGCUAAAAAGAGACAAUGUGAGGAGGAUGAAGAGAAAUUAAAGUUAUUUGAAGAAAAUGUCCAAAGAUUGGCGCAGGACAUUGAGAAACUAGAAAGUGAAGAAUCACUAAUAUCUGCCAAAGAACAAGUACUGAGAGAGAAACUAAAAGAAACAGAAAUUUCCUUUGUAGAUUUGCAAAAGAGCUUGUCAAAUCAGCAGAAAGCAGAUGCAGUAAACUAUAUCUACUCCCAGAUCCCUGAAAUCACAAAACUCUACUCGAAUCAACCGGAAACAAGGACACCUGCAUUGUACGCCAUGGAAAUAAAUGUGGAGAAAGACAGAAAGACAGGAGAGACCAAGAUUCUCUCAACAGCUGCAAUUGACCCAGAGGUGGUUCAACAGAGAGGAGUAAAGGUCUAUGAUGGUGGUAACAAAGUAGUUUAUGAGAUCAACCAUUCAGGUGCUGUGGUAGAAAAUGGCUUCCAUAACUUAAGUACAAGGGAUGUAGAUGAACUUAUACACAAAUCUACACAUCCAAACUUAGUAGCAGGGCAAGGCACUUUACCUGGGAGAACUCUGAUCACUGAAGGAACCCCUAGUAACUUGAAGGAUCAAUUGCAUUUUAAAGAAGCAAAAUUAGAAGUGGUGCACAAGUCAACAAAAGGGCUUUCUUUAAAAUCUGGACAGCAACCAGUAAGAAGUAGCGGAAGUGGUGUCGCUGAUGCCACAUCAGAACAACCAGUAACUAUGAUCUUCAUGGGCUACCAGAAUAUUGAUGAUGAUGAGGAGACUAAAAAGGUGCUAGGCUAUGAUGACAUCAUUAAAGCUGAGCUUGUUCUCAUUGAUGAAGAUGAUGAGAAGUCAUUGCGGGAGAAGACAGUUACUGAUGUCUCCACCAUGGAUGGCAAUGCUGCAGAACUAGUCUCUGGCAAGCUUCUCACCGACACCACAGAGCCUUCCUCUCCUGAGGGGAAAGAAGAUAGUCUAGUCACAGAACCAAUAACAGAAAUAAAGAAGAAAGACCUGGAAGAAUUUGAAGAAAAAGAAGAGGGCAGCUUGCAAAUGACUAGACCACAGAUCCCAGAGGAUGAACUUAAGCUGAAGAAGGAUAAAGAUCAAAACAGUGCCAAUUAUUCACAACCUAUAAAUAUCAUUCUAACCAAUACUGAAACUAUGGAGUUGGAGGUCCAGGCCACAGAGUGUAAAGGAGUUGUGUUAAUUACCCCAGAUGUUGUAACAGACAAUCAAAAUGUUCUACUGUCUACACCAACAAACCAGAAUGGACUUAAAGGCAGACAUGAAUCAUUAGAUAGCGACGUUGCAAAAGAGAUAAGAUAUUUAGAUGAAGUUCUGGAAGCCAGCUGUUGUGAUACUGCAACAGAUAACUCUUUUAAUGGAUCCCUUUCUUCUGAAUCAGCAGUUUAUGCUUCUACGAUAAUUGUGGAUGGCUCAGGUCCUUGUGUCAGUGUUACAAAUGAAUGUACCACUCCUGAAAUGGAUAUAAUAGCAGUGGACCGUAGACCCCUGCCAGUUGUGGAAUUAAGUGAAUCUAUGGAGAACAUGGAACCAAUUAAAAUUAAUGGUUACUCCAAAGGGGAAUUGAAAGAUGAUCACACUGAUGUAUUUACAUAUCCAGCAAGCCCAAAUUCUUCAAACAGUUCACGGAGGUCAUCUAGGGAUGGUGACAAUCUACCAAAGGUUAUUAAAAAGGAAGCAAAGUUUGAGCUUCGAGCAUUCCAUGAGGAAAAAAAGCCAUCAAAAUUAUUUGAAGAUCUAAAUGAGAAGGAACACUACAGAGUUAAGAAAGUAAGGCCUUCAGAAGAAGUUAUUGAACUAGAAAAGGAAAGAAUUGAACUGAUCAAAAGUCAAGCUGUGAAAAAGAAUCCCAGCAUUGCAACCAAGUGGUGGAACCCACCACAGGAAAAAACUAUAGAGGAACAACUAGAUUCUGAGCAUCUGGAAUCACAUCUGAGAUAUAAAGAGAGGAAACAAAAACAGCAACAAGGAACAUCUCCACCAGCUUUUAAAAGUAACCCUCCAACAUUUGUACAUACAGACACAAUUUCUGUCAACAAGGAAGACAUUGUUACUGAGCAAAUAGACUUCUCAGCUGCAAGGAAACAGUUUUUGAACAUAGAAAAUGCAAGCCAGACUAAUAUAAAAGGACCACCAAAAAGAUCUGUUGCAUCAAAUCUUUUUUCAGUGAAGCCAUUCUAUAAAGUGAACCAAACCAAUAAACCUCAGUCAUCUGUCAUUGUGACUAGCGCAUCAAGUUCAUCUGUUGAAAUGGUCAGACCUGAUGAGAUUUCAUUGGUGAAAGUGGAAAAAGUGGACUGCACUCCUGAGGACCAAUCAUCAGCAGAGCAAUCUAGGAAAACAUCAGCAGAAGACCCUGAUUUUGAAAAUGCCACAACAACAUUUACAAUAGUAAAAGAUGAUGACAUUGAUAUUUCAGACCAUUUUGUAAAGUCAGUGACUGUAUCUUCUCUGCCAGAGGAGCUGGACUCCGGUUUAGAUGAUUUGUCCAUUAAAUCUCAGGACACUACAGUCAUGGAAACACUUUCAAAUGAUUUUAGUAUGGACAAUAUCAGUGACAGUGGGGCAUCAAAUGAAACUAUUAAUACCCUCCAUGACCAUUCACUAGGAGAAUUUUCACAACCCCAAACACCCCUUAAGGACACCCUAUCUGAUUACUCAAUAGAAGGGGUCUCCAAAUCAUUUAGUGAUCAAGGUUUUUAUUCUCCAUCAUCCAUGCUGAAUGACUCUGUUGUUUCAGAUGAUCAAUUGGAAUACCAAGCUGGUAUAUUUGUACAUAAUGUAAUCCAGCAAGCUCUUGCUGAAAAAGUAGGCUUGGCAGACUGUGGAAAACAAGAUUGCUUGAUAGAGAAGAUGGAUGAAACCAAAGAGAUGCCAGAAGGACAAAAAGUGAUAGUAAGUGAUACUACAAGACCACUAAGCCCGGAGAGGAAGGAUGGCAAUUUAUUUGAGCCACCUCAGGUUUCUUCACCAGUGCAAGACACAGGAGUUACAGUGACACCAAAGAUUCCAGAGCAACUUAAAACCCAUCAAGUUAAAGCUUUAGAACCUUUACCUAUUCCACCUGUAAUGGAUGAAGAUCCUAUUGAAGAAAACAAGCAUGAAAGUUACUUCAGCAAGUACUCCCAAGCUGCUGAUCUAAGAAGCACUGCUUCCAUCUUGGCAACACAAGAACCUGAGAUAACAGUAGGACCUUUUAAAUUGAGAUCAAAGAAGCAGAGAACACUGUCAAUGAUUGAAGAGGAGAUACGAGCUGCACAAGAAAGAGAACAGGAAUUGAAAAAGCAGAGACAGAGACAAAGCUUGCAAGGUCCACCAAGUCCAUCAAGCCAAAAUGCCCCUGUAGUGUCAACAAGAACCGCAUCCUACAAAACUGCACCAGGUAAAAUAGAGAAAGUCAAAUCGUCACCUUCGCUGAAAGUAGAAAGCUUCCCUGAACAAAGUGAUCCACAGCUCGAAGAUGCCACAGGAUCCCAACGUCCUAAAACUCUCAUGCAAACACUCAUGGACGAUUAUGAGAGCCAUAAAAGUAAGAGACGUGACCGAGUGGAUGAUUCUAGUGUCCUUGAGGCGGUAAGAGUGGGUCGCAGGAAGAGCGCACUGGCACUGCGUUGGGAAGCAGGGAUAUAUGCCAACCGUGACGAGGAUGAAUAAGAACACUUUCAUGGAAAAUAUACAAACCAAAAAAUGAAUCAUUUAACCAUAUAUUUAUUGAGAAAUAAGCAGCCUCUGCAAUCCAUAUAGAGACAAUGAAGACCGCAUUUAUGAGACAGACUAAUAGACAUGCUUGAACUGAUGGGCACUGGCAGCCAUGUAAGACAAGGAAAGAAAGGUGAUCCCACGCAACUAGGAUGACAUGCCAAGCCAAAAAUGGCAUGCAAUUGCUUUCUUCAUAAAUGCAGCUUUGAAUUACUUUUUGACACCAUAUACCCUCCUCUUACCAUAGCAUGUUGGGAGCACCACUGCCCUAAUGAAGGAGCACCUCCUCUUUUGUGGGUCUACUCUGCAAAGUCAUGUACAUACAGGGUACAACCAACCAUUAGAAAACUCUUCAGCUCAGUCGCACUGUAUUAUUGGUCUGUGGCUUCCUGCACUACAUGGCUAUGAGAAGACGGCGAAAUGAAAGAAAAAUAACCUUGAACCAUAUUAAGAUAUAUAUUUCUGCUAAAUAAUCCAAUUAUUCCAUGAAGAUGGCCAAGUUAACCUGUAGAUAUAUGGGCGGAGAACAGCCCUCACAGGAAAAUACUAAAGUGCAACAUUGGGAGGUUCAUAUUUAAAGCACAACAUUUAUCACAAACUGUGGGCAUGUUCACAUUUGUGGCUCUCAGGGAGGAAAGUUUUUUGUUUUUUUAAUGAAUAUAGCUUUACGCAAAGACGCACAUCAUCACCCUGGCCCCUUCACAUUAUCUAUCUAUUUAUCUAUCUAUCUAUCUGAUAUCCAUCUAUUUAUCUAUCUAUUCUCUCUCUCUAUAUAUAUAUAUACACACACACACCUAACACAUGCAGUUGCACAUUUUCAUUGGAUAAUUAGUGACAGCGCCACUUCUUGAGCAAAGCUUUUCAUUGAGUUACACCGCAAGUUAUUGUUGGCAAAGCUUUUUUUUUUUUUUUUAAAACUCUUUGUAAAGCUUUGCCACUUGACCGGAUGAAAUUGAGGAUGUGAUUUGUGAUAAAUGUGUUUUAUUGAAAUACUACGGAAUGGUUACAGGCACAUUUCAUAAGCUAUAAUAUUCUUUUCAUGUAUCUAUGAAUAAAACCAAACAACCAGCUGCUUGAGGGUGAGUUUUUCUGCUAUCAGGGUAAUGAUUAACAUAGCUAGAGGUGGUCUUCCCAUUCUAGUGUACAUGUAAGACCUAUGACAUCACCCGCUUCACUAGUGUGUUUUAUUAACAGAUCUUUGUAGAAAGUUUUCACUUUUAAAAGCUAUGGACACCUUUGACAUGUAAAAAAGUAUUUUUACAUGUUAGUGGAUACCAUGAUUAAAAAAAAAAAAGUUGCACUAAGUUUUAGGCUGCAAUCUUCAUUCAUUUUGUGAUCCCCCGAUAUUCAGUUUACAACCUGCUCCUAGUUUCAGACUUUUCCCAGUAAUAAAUGUGGUUUAUAUUACACAGCUUAUGUGACUAUUGUGUUUGCUGCCCAUCUCUGCACUGAUCUUCUCUGUUCAACCUCCUCCUCCUCCCUGCUGCUAUCUCUAGCACUGAGAGAAUAGAGGGGUACACAGAUUCAGCUGUCAGGAACAGGAGCUGGUUUCUGGGGGAUUUAUGUCAGAUUCAGAAGUACAACCAGGUAGGUGAAGGACACUAGCUCUGCUAAAGUAAAAGGCUGUCCAGCCUGUCCACAGGAUAGGCCAUCAUUAGCUGAUCCUUGGCAACAUCCCACACCACCACUGAUCAGCUAUUUAGAUGUAGCUCAGAUGCCAGAAUUCAGCGCUGGAACUACACAGCUCCAUUAACCAUCCCUGAGAAUAGGACAUCGCAUAUAAAAGGCUGGACAACCCCUUUAAUGAAUACAUUUUAUUUAUAAAGUUGCUUAAUUUUGCAUUUGGCAAGAAAAGUAACAGUUCAAUUACUGCGCAAUGACCAUAGUUUUUAAGGAACUUAAAAAAGUUUGAAAAAAGUUCUGUACAUCCGUUUCAGCGAAUAUAGGUUAUUCAUUGUGUAAUGACGUUAUAACACCUUCCAAUAUACUUUCUGUUAAUUCCCAAUGACUAUUAAGAUCUAUUUGUGCUAACAUACAACAGAUGCUUUCCUGUGGACAUAAAUCUGUCCUUGCCAUGAUAUGUCCAACACUCACAGCUCACUGAUCUAUUCAUACAUAUCUCAUAGGAGCCCUCUAGUGGAGAAACAUAGACAGCACUCAAAGGAUUUUGAUGCAAUUUGUGGUAUUUUGAUUACUGAAUGUACAAUAUUCACAGCACUUGAGCAAUGUUUCAGGGUGUGUUGUCACCCAUCUUCAGGCAGAUGCAGCUGAAAGGAGGCUUGUAAAGGUGGUGCUCCAUGAGAACUUGAUACAGGAAGGAAAUUGGGAAGUUAGAUACCCAUUGAAUAAUAUUUACUUAGUAAAUCUGAAAUACCCCUUUAAGUUUGAGGUCUGAGAAAUAAUAUUCAAACUUAGAAUCCAAACAAGCAGAUUCCUGUAUGACCUUUGGGACAAUUUUUCACUCCUUGUGAAUGUGGUUGCUGUGGAGGAGGGCAUCCUGCACAUGUUCUUCAGACCUAGUAGCAAGGGGCACAGGACCAACCAGGGCUGGGCCCUAUUUCUCCAAGGACCCAAUAGCAUGGUCUGCCACUGUGGUAUGUAUUGUACAUACGUGUAGAAAAACCCCCAAGACAUGUUCAUGUUGUUUUUUGCAGUUUCCAGGAGAGAUAUAAUGAAUAUAAUUUCUGUGUUUGAUUUUAGAUUUUUGUAUUAUACAGUUGUGAUAUCCUUUAUUAUGCAGUGUUAAUGGGAUGGAUAAAGCAAAAUUUAUUUUAUAGACACAAUACAUGGUUGGCAGCAAGAAUUAGCCUAAAUAUUAGGUAAUGGUAUUAUCUUCUGAAAUAUGUCCACUAGCUAUAAGAAACUGGAAGACUGUAGGGAAAUUUCCAUUAAUAGGUUGUAGACUAUCUAUAGCAGUGAUGCCCAACCUGCGUCUCUCCAGCUGUUGCAAAACUACAACUCCCCCCAUGCCCUGCUGUAGGCUGAUAGCUGUAGCCUGUCCAGACAUGCUGGGAGUUGUAGUUUUGCAACAGCUGGAGGGCCGCAGGUUGGGCAUCCCUCAUCUAUAGUCUUCAUCCCAUUUGUGUAUUCAGGGGGCUUCUGCUUACAGCUGGAAUUCUUUAUCUUAAGAACGUAUAUUGGGAAUUGCAUAAGAUGUCAAAUGUAAAGCUUAUGGUCACUUUUUUAGAUAUACACUGCAUGGGUAUUUUAGGUAGUCUUCCAGGAUUAGAGAAAUCAGCUUUUUCCAGAAACAUCACCACUAUUGUCUAUGGGCUGUGUCUGAUAUUGCAGCUCAUUCCCAUACGAGCCGACGGGGCUGAGCUGCAAUACCAGACACAGCACAUGGGACGAGUGAUGCUGUUUCUGGCCAGCAUUCUAAUGCCCUUUGAAGUCUAGGUGCCUCAAACCAGAGGCACACUUUAUGUUAUAAGAUAUAUGAGUGUAUAGGGGUGAGAGGCAAUUGCAUAUAUUUUAGUACUAUCUAAUGACUAUUGGAUCACUAGUGGAUGGGAGCCCAAAGUGACAUAUCUAUAGACUGGUGUGACUGAGGCCCCAAGAUACUGUGAGACCUUCCUAAAUUGCCACUCUUACCAUAAGCAUCUACUAUUCCAAAGAAUCCCUAUGGGAUUGGGUAUGCCAAACAGACUUUUCUUAAACAUCUCCCUCAUGAAAGACUGCAUGCUUAAUAAUUAUAGUAAACCUAUCGAUCUAUUGGGCAUAAAUGGUCUCAUGAAAUUAUCCCAUAUGAUGUCACUGUUAAGCUGGUUAUACACAUUAGAUCAAUGUCAGCCUGACAUUUGGUGGGACUGACCAAAAAUCUAAUGUAUAUGGCAGUUUCUCAACAUUUCCCAAACAGUGGAUGUCAGGGGAAUAAGGAUCAGGCUGUUGGAUUUAGACAUGCCUAUUCAUUAUUUUAUCAAGCGUGCUAAGCCACUAGAGGUUUCUGGCAGCAGCUUGCUCCGCAGACUUGCUCGGUUGGCCAAGCUGAGCCUGCAUGUGCAUUAGAGGAAUAUCUGUAGGCCAAACGUCUAUCUAAAGUGUAUGGGAAGCUUUAGGAUGAGUGGUACAAUGUGAGUGGUUGCGCAACAUUCCUGCUUCGUUGGAUUUUUUUGGUAGUGGUCACUAGUGGUCAGUGGGUAUUGUACUAAGUGCCAUAAAUUCUUCAAAGGCAUCUGUGAUCUGUACAAAGUGUCGGUGGCUUCAGCUUAUUUUAGGAGAUGGUUCAGUGUUUAUCAUAUGCUGCCAAUCAUUUAUUUAGGAACCAGUGACAUGACUGAAGUGUUCAGUGAUAGGAUGGGCUAUUGUGUAUAUCUGAGACGUCUGCCUUUUCUGUGCGCAGGAAAUAUACACUUGAAAUGUUCUCCUGUAGCUCAGUACUUGGGGGUUACCUGACAAAUGUUUCCAUAUUUGCACAAGCCGCACAUUUAGCAAUGAUUUUUAUUUAUCUUGUGCUAUAUAAUCAGAUUGUUAUACCUGUCUCUUAAAUCAAUAUGGUGGUUACUAUAAGAUUUUUUUUGUGUAAAGGUGUUUCUUAUGCAUCUAUCAUAUGCAUAUUUAUACUUAAUUUUUUUUUUGUACAAAUAAGGCUUCACAGUGAAUCCAUUACUAUGUAAAAAAGUAAUGCCUGUCUGAGUAAGGAGAACUUGAUUACAAUUUUUUUGACCUUCGUCUAAGUAGGCAUAAACCCUAAUAAGAGACUUUUCACAUUUUGUUUUUGCUGUAUGUCAAGCGGAUGUUUUUUUAUCCGAAAAAAACGUAAAGAAACGUAUGGCUUGAUAUACCCAUAGACUAUAAUUGGGCAAACAUAGUACAUACUUUUGUCUUGGUUUGUAAUUUUUUACGUUUUUUACGUUUGUUUUUUUUCCGGGCAGAUUAGCAUAACAUGCCACACUUUUCUAUCCUGGAAAAAAAAACGGAUAGAAACAUAUGCGUUUUUUUUACAUUGCAAUGAAUGGGAGACGGAUGGAAACAUAAUAUAAUACAUUUCCAUCCAUUAAACCUAUAAAAAAAAUUUUCAGGUAAUGCCUUUAAAUCUUUCGUUUAAAAAAGAAAGGUUUUUCUUACAAAAAACAGACACAAAUGUACAGGGGCGGACUGGCCAUAGACCCUACAGGGAAAUUUCCCGGUGGGCCGAUACCCAGAGGGCCACCUAAACCCUCCUCUUGGCCAAAAGCCAGGUACAUAAAGACCUGAUGCUUUUAAUUAAUUUAGGCAGUAUUUUCUUCUUCACUCUGGUAUCUUGGGCUACUUUUAGUUUUUUCCAGGGCCACUUUAAGUUCCCAGACUGCCCCUGCAAAUGUAUGGAAACAUAUGCGCAUCUGUCAAAC